AGGGGAUACGGGAUCUGCACCAAUCAAUCGCAACCAAAUUAUGUCCAGGGAUCGCACCCUUGGCCGAAGCCGAUCUGGCGAAGAGUGGAGAUCUAGCGAGCCACAGUGCAUCCCCGGAGGGUACCUCGUGCCUCGAAGGUUGGAGGCAGCCCUGAAAGAAAAAUGGCCCAAUCAAUAUGUUGUUGAAAUGCGCUCAAAUAUAUAUCGCAUCCGAGCGCCCGGCAGACUUACCGAUGAGGAAAUUAGCACAUGUUAUUCGUGGGUCUAUUGAAAAUUGCUGCUGCGAAAACUAUAUACCCAUUGAUUGACAGCGGUUAAUUCUCACAAAAGAGAGUUUUCGUUACUUGCUGUUCUCCAUCACUUUUGUACAUACUUAUGUCCUCAUGGACUGCAUCUUGAUUUUAGAGACUCGCGUCUGGAAAGCGUAUAAGGAGGCAAUAUGGUACUGGUUUUUAACAAGACUGAUGAUCAUCGAGUAUACAUACAAACUAUCCUACGACCCCCCCUGUAACCUGUCCUGUAGUAAUACUCGCCUUUCCUUUUUACGCUAAGGAAGAUGAUCUGUCCUAUGGACAGGUGAAUUAUUAAGUUUAAAAUUCACCGCUGCAGAUGAGGAUUUU